UUGCGGAGGGAAACAGAUUAAAGCACUCUGACUCGUGGAGACCUCCUAGUUCUUCAGAUUAUUAACCACGGCAGCUAAGGAACUGCCUGCUGGAAAGAACACUCACUCCAGCUUUAGCCUCUGCUGUCAAACACACCCCAGGGCUCUAGGUUUCUCGUGUGCGGAUAUUUUUCUGGCAUAAUACACUUCCCAGUGGGAAGCUUUGAAGUCUUACACACCAAUGGACAUCCAGUGGAUUUGUGCUGUCACCAUAAUCCUAGCCUGGUUCUGCAGAGCUUCCUCGGGACACCAGACCUCAGUUGAACCUCCCCGCAAUCUUCAGAUAAUUGAUCCUGGACUUUUAGGCCAUCUCUAUAUAGAAUGGCAGCCUCCACCUUCCCUGCUAACCCUCGAUCAGUGUACAAUAAAAUAUAAAUUAAAAUACCGUAGCACGGGCGAUGCAGAUUGGAAGGUUGUUUUUACUAAGAAAUUAAAAUAUGGCGAUGGAUUUGAUCUCAGCAAGAGAACUGAAGCAAAGGUCCAGACUCUGCUGGAAGGACGUUGUACGAAUGAAUCUGAAGUGAAGAGCGACUGGACUCACGCUACCUUCCAGGUGCCUCCAAAAGGAGAGCUGGAGUCACAGAUCCGAGACUUCCACUGUGUCUAUUACAAUUGGGAGCACCUCACAUGCACUUGGCAGCUGGGCUGGCUAGCUCCUCCUGGGGCGCAUUAUGAGCUAUAUUAUUGGUACGAAGGGCUGGAUCACGCAGUGCAAUGCAGCGACUAUAUUCAGACUCAUGGAAGAAAUACUGGAUGCAAUUUGCAAAACCUGAGGCAGGCAGAAUAUAUUGAUUUCAACGUCUGUGUUAAUGGUUCUUCAGAGUCCACACAGCUGAGACCCUCCUACUUCACAUUCCAUCUUCAGAACCUAGUCAAACCGUCUCCGCCUGAGAAGCUGUCGGUUUCCAUUUCUCCCUAUGAGGAAGUUCAUGUGGAGUGGCGCCCUCCUGCUGGGGGUACCCCCCCGCGCUGCCUGGACUACGAGGUGCAGCUGACAGAGCAUGAUGGUGAUGCUGAUGCUCCCUGGACGGCUGUCUCAACCCAAGUGGAAACCGCCUUUACCUUCUCCCAGUCCAAUCGCAGCCGCGUCUCAUGCGUCCGUGUACGAGGGAAAACAAACAUGUUCUGCGCCGACAAGGGCUUCUGGAGUGAAUGGACGCGGGAGUGUUUCUACGUGUCCAGAAAAGAUGAAAAGCAGCUGUUCAUCCUCAUUGCAGUAGUCUUAAGUUUUCUGACUGUCAUCAUAAUAUUUCUAUUAGCUGCACAGCGCAAGAAAAGAACAAAUGGAGAGAAAAAUAUAUCACCUACAUCUCUAUAUUUGGAAUAAUUCCUGAACAAAAUGAUUUCCAGAGAUGCCCUCUGAGCUGUCAGCGGAACUUACUGCUGCAUUAUGCACAUGUUAUUGAUGUCCAUAAUAAAGACCCAUGCCAACUUCUGGUUCUUGGCAAAUUUCACGCUCCAGUGGGAUGCUAACGCUGCAAAUGGGCUUGUUGUGCAGCUUGUGUCCAAUGGAUUGCCCUUAGCAUGUCAUCCCAAGAACAGACAUGAAACCUGAACUUCUUACGAGUCUUUUCUACUUCCCCACUCCUAUUUAGUAUGCUUCUAUAGUCCAACAACACAACGGUCAGAGAAGUUUUUUGACUGAUGCUAGAAUAAUUUUUUAUGAUAAAAUAACAGGGCAAAAAAGGAGGCAGUGGAGACAAUGAUGAAUAAUAUCGACAGGGCUGCUGUGUGUGUUUAUAAGAAUGAGUGGAAACACAGUUAACAUGAUGGAAACUCAGUGGAAGAUCAAGAUUACACUCACCAGCCUAGGAAAGGUUGCUAGAUGCUAUCGUCCAUAGUGAGCUGAGCACCAUACGGUAUAUUUCCCUGCUGGCUCCCUCUCUACCUUCUUUGAGUCCACUGUUCGUUUUUAAACAAUGAACAUUAUUUAACUGCAUUUAUUUAAUCAUGUCAUCUACCAUGCCACAGUUAUUUGUGAAAGAGGAGACCUUGAAACAGUUUUUUUUGCCGGGAAUGGCUGUACUUACAAAUACAGUGCAUGGCAGAUGGCUCAUGGGAGGAACAAAUCCUAAGGCUCCACUGUCAAGUGCUGGAAGGGGAUGUCCUGCAGGACUUGGACAUGGAAAACAGCUUUACAAAGCACCCAGAGGCUCCUAGAUCGGAAAGAGCCUUAUGCAAAGGACUGCCCAGCAGAUGAAAUGUCUGACCAGCUUUAAACGAAGCCUGUGGAGUAAAAACAGCCCAGUGCUGAUCAUGGACAAGUGACAUUACACUGAUGCUCCUGGAGCUUGCUGUGGGAGUGGUCUCACUUUCCACAACUCUCUCAGUGAACAUGUUUCCUGGGAGGAGGGCUCAGAAGAAGGAGGGACCUCUCAGUGACUAGCUGAUGCUUGGAAAGUUGAAUUUCAAAUCACCACAAACCUGAGUCCAACAUCUGCCUUCAUCCGAUCAGAAAAUGGUAACGUCCUAUGGGCAAAGGGCUGAACUUGCAUCCUCCCCCAUGCCAUGGGAACUGUGUGCGGGUGGGGCUUGGAGACGGAAGUGCAGCUGGGGGACAAACGAUGGUUUGAGUAUGGUGCAUGCUUGCUUUGUAACUCCAUGAUUGGGCCUUUGUAACAGAGAAGGGAGCAGUCCUGGACUUGACACUAUAGCACAGAAAAAGUGAACAUGGGCACGGGAUGGAAUCAGAAAUAACUAAAUGCUAGCCCUGAGCUGAGACACUCAGUAUCAAUCCACCAUGUCCCCUCAUGCAGAAGUGUUUGGCUCAUGGAUGUUUCUAAAAUACACUGGCAGAGGGAGUAGUACACGUGAAUGCUGUCGGGAAUGUUUGUUUAAAAGCACACUGGCUCAUUCUUUACUCUGAUUUUCAGACAGCACACAUGCACACUAAAAAUGUGUGUCAAACUGCCUGAUGGAUGUGUGCAUCCGUGCACAGUUACUGCAUGUCAGUCAGGUGUGUGUGCAAGCAAAGGGCCUGCUGGGUGCAUAACCAAUGACUUGCACAUGCAAUGCAAUUAAAUGUAAAUGCAAAAAAAAUGUAAAUUAGGUGCAAGAUUGCAUGUGCAAAUGGGAAAUGUUUAAUUUUCAAUAAGACAUUUUGAGACAAAUGCCCAACUGACACAACAAACAAUCAUUGAGCCAGGCCCACUUCCUCACUCUUGUUUCAGGAGCAUCCUGAAGCAUCUUACCCCAGAUGAUGCAGCAAUUAACUGAUGUAGCGCCUCCUCUAAGGUAGAUGCAGCCCCCUCCCCCCCCCAGGACUCAGUGCCUCGUUAGUGGUCACAAUUAGGAAAGUUGAAAGCCUCCCGUAAGUGGCGAGCUCUGUAAAUAAAAUAGCUGCAGUAGAGCGCCUGCCUGCUGCAGAUGUGCGCAGUUGCUGCUCUCUGAGAAGCAGGGCAUCCUGGCCAGGGACUGCCCAAAUUAACAGGUAUUGCACUAAGAAAAAUGGCUCACGCCAGCGAGAGGCUGUUGGCAAGCUGCCUGGUGGGCUGCUGACCAGUGGUGUGUUGGGGACAGAUUAUUGUGGUUUGCGGUGUCACAGCAGCACCUGACAUGCUAUGUGGGCUGGGGAGAUGCAGGGGCCAAUUUCUUUUAGCGACCCAGGAUAAGUGACUGGUAUCAGAUUACCUGCCUGGGCUUUGGGGCAGGUGUGGUGUGUGCGUGUGAGCCCCCCAUCACUCCCCCACAUACUGUCAUUUCAGCUGGCAACAAGCCAUUACGAGCCGCUAUAGUGGCUGGUUUGGUUAACCCAAAAUAGCCCUCCCGGCCGCUAUUAUCUUAGUGCUCCAGCUAGUGAGUAAUCCUGCACACUAAGCUAGGGGCCAAGGCCACACAGCUGUGGUACUUGUGUGUGGCAACAUAUUCUCCCAUAGUCACCCAGCCUCUUCAAUGAUUGGCCUGCACGUUUUGGCUAGUAAUAAACAUAGUCACACUGACUCAGCCCCAGGACAUGCAGAUUCUGCCGAGCCUUAGUGAGUAAGACACGCAUGGGAUUGUUUAAGUCUUGAGGAGGAAGAAUGUGUUCAAAGCAUUGGGUAAUGUUUAUAAUGGCAGGAAAAAAAGGCUGGGAACUACCCUUGUCACACGAACGUUGAGGUGACGUCCCAACACCUGUAGAAGGUUGGAGCGGGCAGACGAACUUAACCGAAAGCACAGCUUGACUGCUGGGACAGUCACCACAGAAAUGACACUAAUUAAAUGUUGCUGCCACCUCACUCAGGCAAGUGUUACUGCAAAGUUUAUUUUUUAAAAAAUGCUUAUAAAACAGGCUAAGAAACUAUGUACCUGGGGGACAGGGGUGAGGUGUGUUGGCUGCUUGGCCCAGUGGUUCAAGAAACAUAACAGGACUUUGAGGCUCAUUUCAGGUCCACUGCAUCUGUCAGGUUGCUUAAUGGCAAUGUUCUACCAGGGUCUGUUCAUUUACCUUGGACCAUAUUUAUUUUUGAUAUUUGUAUUAGUGCUUUCUUACUCCUGUGCCGGCUUAUUUCCUAAAUUAAUAAACUUCCUUGCCACAAAAAUCAGUGGCCAAACACCUCCAAACUUUAUUGUUAUUCCAGUAGGGGG